AUGGUGGAUUACUAUGAAGUUCUAGGAGUACAGAAAUAUGCUUCACCUGAGGACAUUAAAAAGGCUUAUCACAAAGUAGCACUUAAAUGGCACCCUGACAAAAAUCCUGAAAAUAAAGAAGAAGCAGAGAGAAGAUUUAAAGAAGUAGCUGAGGCAUAUGAGGUGUUAUCAAAUGACGAAAAGCGAAACAUUUAUGACAAAUACGGCAAAGAUGGACUAGAUGGUGGAGGUGGAAAGAAUUUUGAUGAUUUUUUUGAAAGUGGCUUCAGUUUCUGUAAGCCAGAUGUUUUUAAGCAAUUUUUGGACCAGAGGGACCCAUUUACAUUCGACUUCUUUGAGGACUCACUAGAAGACCUUUUAAAUAGUCCAAGAUACUCCUAUGCAAGCAGAAGGAGGAGUAGAGGGGCAGGAUCCUGUUUCUGUACCUUCAGUGAAUAUCCAACUUUUGAGAGCAAAUUUUAUUCACAUGGUCCAGGAUACACAUAUGAUGUGUAUGAGGACUUUACUGGGCCCGAAGGCCUUACUUCAUUCUCUUCAAUGGCAUUUGAUGACAGCGAGAUGGACAGCUAUGUAUCUUUCACAAAUUCAGACAGAUUAGCUGAUGGCAGAAAUUUCAACAUAAAGACAAUAAUCCGGAAUGAUCAAGAAGAAGUUAUAGAUGAUGGUGAAUUAAAGUCCUUCCUGAGAAAUGGGGUGGUAGAUGAAGAGGACAUUGUGGAAGAAUGCAGCUGUGGAAGACAGUCAUUCAGCAAACAUGCAUCCAAUUCCUACAGUCCAAGACAUGCAGCCCAGUAUAUUUUUGUGGACAAUGACGAGCAUGGGGAACCUAGGGUCAUCAACAGCUGGGACCCUUCCAUUUCGUCAACAGGAUUCAAAGAUGGUGGUAAGAGGAAAAAGAAAAAGCAUAAAGAGGUAAAGAAGAAGUCAACCAAAAGGAAAAGCUAA